AGUGCAGACGAGACAGCAGGCAGUGGUGGCGUGCCCGUGCGCGUUCGCGUGCUGUUUGACGGCGACCCCGCUACCCCUUCUCUCUCCGUGCCUGCGCCUUGCUUUCCCCCUUACCACCCCACCGCAGGGGACGCGCAGCGGGGGGGAGGGGGGACCAAGAUGGCGGCGGCCGGGUCGGCUGCUUGGGCCGCUCUGGAGACAACGCUGGAGAAGAAGCUGCUGACGGUGACCAACACGAUGGACAGUAUCCAGGGCCUGUCCGCCUGGAUCCUCGACAACAAGAAGCACUACACCUCCAUCGUCAGGCAUUGGAUGAAGUGCAUGAGGAAAGCUUCAGUUCCUCAUCGAUUGAACCUUUUCUAUGUUGCCAAUGACGUUAUUCAGAAUUGCAAAAGGAAAAAUGCAAUUGUAUUUCGAGAUGCUUUCUCAGAGGUUCUAAUUGAAGCAGGCACAUUGGUCAGGGAUCCUUCUAUUCGCAAAUCAAUAGAUCGAAUAUUUACCAUAUGGGAGCAGAGGAGUGUCUACCCUGAGGAACUGAUUGUGGACCUUCGUGCUGCUCUUGUGAGCAGUAAGACAAGAGUAGUUGUGAAAUCCAAGAUACUAGCUGAAUUCAGGCCUUCAGCACUGAUUGAUCAGCUGGGGUCAUACAAACAAGCUGAGGAUGAGCGGGAGUUCAAAGAGAAACAACUUGGGACACUCCGCGUGGACGUCUGUAGCACAGAGACUCUGAAGAGAUUGAAAGAUCGUGCUGGAGGAAAACGAUUUUCCAAAGAUUUUGAAGAAUCCAGUUCUAAAUUAGAAGAUUUCUGUGCAGAGCUUGAGAGGGAAGUGAAGAAGACCCCACCUCUAAUUGAAGCUCUAGAAAAUGCAGAAAUAUUCUAUGAGGCUCAGUACAAGGAGGUGAAGAUUGUGGCAAAUGCCUAUAAAACAUUCGCCAAUAGAGUCAACAACUUGAAAAAGAAGUUGGACCAGCUGAAAACAACCCUUCCUGAUCCAGAUGAGUCCCCCAUUCCAUCUCCGAGCAUGGAUGCUCCAUCACCAACGGGCUCGGAGUCCCCUGUCCGCCCUACAGAGGAGGCUGUUGUGGAGCUGGUUGAAGAGAGCCCUAGGUCACCGCUGCCUGAGGCUUCAGGUGAUAACUGUGAUGUUGAGGACAUGGAGCUUUCGGAUGACGAAGCUGCAGAAGCAUCGAACAUAAUAGCAGUGGAAAGAGACGAGAAGAAAGAAGAAUCCAAUCCAAACACACCAGCAGCAAGUGCGAGCCCACAGCCAGAAAAGGCUUCAAUUCAAGCAGAGAGCAGCACACAGGCAAAGAGUAGCUCCAUAACACCACCACUGGGCCUGCCAAACCUGGCAAAUAUCGACUUGGGCAAAAUUAGUUCUAUCCUUAGCAGCCUGACAACUGCUAUGAAGAACACAGUCAGCCCAGUGAUUGGUCAAACACCUGUUCCAGUGGCUUCUCCUGGAGCUCAGUCGAAUACUGGCCAAAAGGCCCCUGUUCAGAAGCCUUCUCCAGUUCCUCCCAAUCCUUUGGCAAGCAUCCUGUCAAAAGUUGAAUUAACUCCGGAGAGCAUCUUGUCAGCACUCAGCAAGAGCCAGGGGUCUUCUGCCCCUGCACUGCAAGGUCUCUCAUCAUUACUUCAGAGCGUGACAGCAAACACUGCUGUCCCAUCAAACAGCACAGCUCCAAGUAUUUCGACUCCGGCAGUGGCAAACAUCACCAGUCCAUUGGACAAAAACGUUCCCAUUAAUAAUUCCAGCACUCAGCCUGUGAUGCAAGGGCUGAUUAGUUGCUCUCCAAAUUCACCUGCAUCAGAAGUUUCCUCUGUUUCCUCAGUGAGCUCUGCCCCGGUAAACCAUAGUCCUGCCCUGUCCAACACAAGCCUGAAGGCACCUGCCAGCACAAAUGUUCUUGAGAGUUCUCUUCGCAAUACUGCCUCUUCAUCAAGAGGAAGCUUAAGCAGUCAGAAGGCACCUUCCGAGGCAGUUCCAGCUGAACCAGAAGUGCAGCCACCCUCACCAUCAAGUCUGGAACUGAAAAUUCACAACUUUCUCAAAGUUAACCCAGGCUUUAAGGCUUUAGAUCUGAAUAUCCCUCUCCUGAGUAAUUUGGGCUCUAGUGACUCUAAGAGUCUCUUGCAGCCUUCAGAUGGAAGUCGUAAUCCCAGCAGUACCAUACUAGACAACCAGGAUGGCACGCCAGUCAGAGAUGAGAGAGGUGGAACUCCAACCCAGGAUGAAAUAAUGGACAAACAAGCAACAACAGGCACUAUAGAUCCAAUGUCCUUACUGUCUAAGCUAAUCAGUCCACCCUCCUCUUCAACUAGCAGCACAAACUCUCCUCCUCUUUCCAUGCCACAAAAUAUAGAUUCGGCUUAUUCAGAGAUUUCCAGUACAGUGCCUUCAUACCAAAGCGAUACUUCAUAUAACCGUGGAAGGGCUUCAUUCCCUUCCUCCUACAAAUCCUCAGAGGUGUGGGAAGAAUCUUCCCCGAACAGAGACUCUCCUCAAGAGCAGUUUUAUGCUGGUGAAUCCUGUACUGAUUUUGAUUAUGCUGGACCACCGCUUUCUUCAGUUUCCAAUUUAUUGAAACAACCCCCAAAGUCUAUUCUCAAAUCAAACAAAGCAACAGAUCAGAUGCAGAGUCCCAAUGAAUACCAGUCUAUCUCUACCAGUUAUAGUCGUCUCAAGUCUGUGUUCUCCAAACCUGUGAAAUCCAUUCUUAAGAAAAAAGAAACUUAUGGCAGUAGGUCAAGCAGUAGCAAAGGCUAUAGGGAAGAUGAUCAGGGAAUUGAUCUUGAGAACCUUCCUUCAGCAGCUCACAACAAUCAGUUCUUUCGCUCAGAAUCUAAUAAUAUCAUAUUACAGCCUUCAUUCUCGGAUAUAUCUCGUACAGGACCACUUCAGAAAGCAUUUCCUGACCCGGUAUGUUCUACCCCUUCCCGACCACCUUCCUCUUUACAAAGUGCUGCAGCUGGUUCUUUUAGCCGCACAUCUGCCACCACCAUUGAUAAAACUGUAACACUGGGCUCUCCAGUCUCUGCUACUUCAACCAUUGAGUUCAAGAACAUGUUAAAGAAUGCCUCGCGUAGACCGACUGAUGACAAACCUCUAGAAAGCCCUAUUAGUCCUGUACCGUCAGUUGGCUUGAGCGAGAAAGGGAACCUAUCAGUCUUUGGACAAUCUGGGAUUGCAGAGAAUGCAGAUGGAGAGCAGCAUUGCAUUGAGACUCGGAUAUCUACAUCAGAUUUACCUGAGAACGUAGAGGAGAAAGGAGCCCCCAUAGAGACACUAGGUUCCAGUACCCCAUCAGCUGGGAGGCUGAUGGUUGGAGAGCCUAUCCAGACUCUGGAUUCCAGCCGAGGGUCAGGUAGAGGCAGUAUGAGUCAUGGGAGAGGGGGGUCCAGGAGCAGCUGGUUUGAAGCUACUGAAAGCAUUUCAGACUUUGAUGAAGAUUCCUCCUCUCUUGAUGUUUCUGAUAUGACUCAAGGUAUCCCUCCCAGUUUUAGAAGUCAGUUUGAAGAACACAGACUCCAGUUCACUGAGACGUCAAGCACCUACAGAUCCAACAGUUUUAGCAAUCCCUUUGAAAGGCAAACUCAGCAGAUUGGACGUCAACCUGGCUCACGACAUGACCACAUUGGGCCAACACCUGUCUCCAGCCGAGAUCACAUUGGGCAUCCACCUGGGCCUCCUCCAGAUCAUGUACUUAACCCAUGCCCCCCACAAGAUCACAUUGGGCCUCCUGUUCCUUUGAGGGAUAUUGGACUGCCACCAGGACCCCCAAGGGAUCACAUGAGUCUGCCCCCAGGUCCUCCACCUGAUCACUUAGGUCCUCCUGUCCCCCCACAGGAACACAUGGGUGCCUCAUCAAGUUCCCUUCGAGAACAUGGUUCAUUCCCUGGUUCUUCCCAAGACCACAGUGGGCCACCUCCCAGUUCCUCUGAGAAGAUUGGGCCACCAAGGGACCAUGUUGGACCACCACCUGGCACCCCUGUUGACCACAUUCCCCCACCCUCUGGCCCGCCCCCUGACCACUUUGGUCCUGGUCUACCUCCUGGUCCUCCUCCAAGAGAUCAUCUUGGACCUCCUCCAGGUCCCCCAGUGCCCCCUCCUGGUCCUCCUCCUCUGGACCACCUUGGACCUCCUCCUGGUCCCCCACCCCGGGAUCAUAUGGUCCCUCCUUUACCCCCCCCUGGACCACCACCAGGCCCUCCUCCCAGAGACCACCUUGGCCCACCACCUCCUGUCCCACUUCCACAGGAUCACCUUGUUCCACCUCCUGGCCCCCCUCCAAGAGAUCAGUUGGUCCCACCUCCUGUCCCUCCACCACAGGACCUCCUUGGUCCCCUGCCUGGUUCUCCUAGAGACCUCCUUGGCCCAUUAGCUGGACCACCUCGAGAACUCCUUGGCUUACUUCCAUGUCCUCCAAGAGACUUCCUUAGCUUAACCAACAGGCCCCCCAUGCAAAGGUCUUCGAGAGAUUACUAUGGGCCAUCCUUUGGAGCCCAGCAAGACUACAGUGGUCCUGGUAGGUUCUUCCAACGAGGGCCCUUAAGGCCUCGGGAAAGUUUUCAGAGUGGGAAACGACCCAACCUCCAUUUUGGAAGUCCCCCUUUUGCCACUGCUCCCAAACGACCAUAUAUGCCUCCAAGGUAUUGAAAAUGGAAAGCAUCUGACAAGGUGAAUUUUCUGUACUGGGGAUUAUGUGAAACUCUUUCAUCUCUGACCCUUGAUCACUGAGCAGCUUUGUGGUCAUAGAGGCAAAGUUCAGCAUGGUGCUUUUAGGUCACCUAUAUGUCUUCUGUGUGCCAGUCUGUUCUCCCUUCUGAUUCUUUCACUUGCCUUCUCCAGUGUUGACCUGCUGUGCUAGGUCAAAGGUAUGUUAUGGUUAACAGUCACUACAGGGUCACUACAAACCCCUGCACGCCAGUGUUCCAUCAGGACUUAAGUCGUGCAUAGAAAGCUUACUAGGAAUGAGACCACCACUUACUUUUAUACAAAGUAAAACUUGUAUUGUUCCAAAAAUCAUUAUACGGUCUUAGCUGACUGUAGCUUCAUCAGACCCUUUCCUACCUUGUUGUUUUUAAAUUACACUUUUACUUUUGUACCAGUUUAUGUCAGGAAAAAAAAGUGGUUAAAUGCAAAUGGGAAAUGUCUCUGCCAUCAUUGCAAGUGUUGUCUGAUUGGUUGCGUGUAAGCAGUUAACAGUGCACACAUCAGAAACUGACAACAUACUUAUUUUGGCUUUACGUCACAAGUGUCUCAUUUAAGGAGACCUACCUGUUGGUGCAGCUGACUCCAGCGGGCAGAGCUGUUAACAUUACAUUGCCUGCUCUCUGGUGGCCGUAGCUAGUGCCAGUGAUAAAAAUAUUUCCUCACAUUAUGUAGAUGCUUGCAUCUAUUGGCGUUGGCUCCUGCACAAAUUCCACAAAACUUCAGUGCAGGGGGUCCAUGUUAAAAACCACCCCUGCUUUUUGCAUGCCAUUUAAUAUGUUUCUCCACAGCAUCGACAAUGGAGUGUCUUCCCUUGGAAGUGCCAGCCAGCGCUGCUCGUUAAGAUGCCACGCAGAAUAUGAGGUGGAAUGAGAUUUGUAGUGCCCUGGUUGCUUCAUCUAAUAACUGGCUGAAAACACGACAAGAUUUCCACCAAUCCAAGCAAGAAGAUUAAAAUCAUAGCAAGGAAGACUGGAAGCUGUGAAGUGUGCAGUGGGCAUAGUUCCCUAUUUUAGCAGACCACAAUGAGAUUUAUAAUGUUUCUAAUGACCAGAUAGUAAAAGGUUGAUACUUGUCAUUGGUCCUCAAGAAAAAAGAUGGAAUAAAUGUACCUUAGGCACAUAACGAGCUUCUGUUUUUUUACAAUAGACUGACCAACCAUUGAUAUUAGGCUACAUAAACCUAAUUAUGUGCAACCUGUUAAGAAUUUGAUUAUUUCUUCUCCUGGAUAAUUGAUUUAGCACAAACUAUCCAGUGUUUCUUCUUCCCCCCCCCCCCCCCCAUUUAAUUCAUUCUGUACCAGUCAUUGUUUUGUCAAAAUGACCUGCUUGUUCUAAAGGAAAGCUUUGUUGAACAAUCCUUGUUCACUGUUUAUAAAUUUAAGGAGCUAUAGGGGAAGGGAAGAAAGGAAACAGUGUGCGUGGAAGAAACAUGGCGGUGGGCUGUUGGUGCAUUGAACUCCCCCCCCCCCCCCCAAGUAAUAACUGGAAUAGGUUUGAAAAAAGUGACUUUUUUGUGAUCAGUCUGUUUCAGAGCUCGUUUUUGCUUAAUUCAAGGUGGCUUUGGAGAAAUAAAAUGAAUCGAGGUGGAUACUGUGUAACCAGACUUGGUUCCAUACAGUCCAGUUUAUGCUUAUAUUGAAGACUGUGUUAGUAGCUAAAUUCAGAGAUUUUUGAAAGCUUUAUAUGUGGACAUACACAUACACACAUAUUCACACAUUUUCUUGGUGGUUACUUUUCAGUUGAAAUGUAAUAUGUAUGUAGCAAGAGGAAACAAGCUCUUCUUUCCUGAAUUAAAAAGUAAAGAUCAAGUUCUCCACUUAUUUUUCUUAAAAGUUUGUAACCAUUUAGCAAGUGUUAUUAAUAUAACAUGGGUUUGGUGCAAAGUGAAGUUUAAGCUGUGAAUUCCCUUUUCAGUACAACUACUGAUAUGUCACCACUUGCCAUUGUUCAUGUUUAUGUUAUUUCACUGGAGGAAAGGGGUAACUUUAUAGAUCCAACAUCACUGCACAAAGGAAUAUAUUUCAGUAAAUACAAUGUCCAAUUAACACACUUAAGUUGGGAAAAACUACGAGUGAAAAGUUUGCCUGCUUUUUUCAGAGAUAAUUCAUCUUUUGGAAAUGAAAUGUAGUUAAUAAAAAAGAUAGUCUAAUUUUCUUGGGGAUGACUAAGGAUUCAGCAUUUUUCUGCAAAGUUAUGAGCAUUUGUGUACUUGAACAUUACAUAAGUGGGAGGGAUGGUGAAAUCUUUUUGAAGAUCUGUAUAAAUCUGCUGUUGUCUGCGUUUGGCUCAAUAUUGUAGUAUUUUUAUGCCCUGCCUAAUGUACAGAUAGAAAUUAAAACUGGCAUUUAAGGUAGCCUGGUACAUCAUUUACUGAAGUGCUGUAUUUCUAAAGUAAAGGUUGUGAAAUUGAUUUGUGUUUAUCACUUGCAUUUGAAAGACGAAGCACCUUAUGGGGACAUUGUCCAUUACUUGACUGGCCUGACUAGCUAAUCCUACGUGUGAGUAAAAUGUGUAGUCAGGGGAGCAUGGGAAGGAUGGAGCAAACUGUAAUUGCUUGCUUCAGUUGCAUAUUGCUGAACAGUUAUUGAACUGCUCAUCAUAUAUGGAAGGACUUAACUUUAUACAGCCUGGAUACUCGCAUGUCAUUGUCCUCAACAACAGGAACAGGCUUACCACCGUAAAAUGGUAGAGUGAAAUCUCAUCUAAAAAUUAAAAGGCCAGGGCUUGAGAUUAAUUGCACCUUAAACAAAUGUGAUGUCACCAGUAGUGUUCAUAUCCUUGAGAGGGUCUUGCAAGGGUAAAUCUGAGAAAUAUUCUGCAUCUUGCACUAUGCACUGAUAGAAUACAGUCUAGUGUGAUAUUGAGAUGAAACCUAAAAUCAUAAAUAAUUUUCUGGAUUAAAAAUAAACAUUACUGAGUUUUCAUAUUUCCACCACUAUGAAGAAUUGCAAAUAGUUGGGUGUAACUAGGUGACAGGGUUCAGUGGAGCCUAAUUCCCAUUGAAUUUCUGUUGGUAGCCAGGUCUUUUCAGGUGAUCUGGGUAAUGGAUUCACCAGAAUCAUUUUUUUUUUCGGUAAAUGAAAACUGCUAAUUUAACAAAAGGGCCACUAUCAUGUGCUUUAAAAGGGGUAAUAAAUUGUCAGUAUUAAAAAUGACUGCUUUAGGAUACCUGAUAUUUUAGCUACCUCAUCAAAUUUCUGUAGACCAUGCCAAGGAGAACUAAUAUUGAACAAAUCCCUCCCGUUAAAUCUUUUGGUGUUAUUUUUUUUUUAACAAAAGGAAGAAAAAGUGUAGUAGACUCAAAAGGUUCUAAGCAGCAAUGUGAAGCUGUAAUUGAGAGUUCAAAUUGUCAGUUUGCCUUCCAAAGCAAAUUUUUGGGCUUAAUGUAUAGAAUAGGACUGGGACUUUAAAAUUGCUCACUUGCCAUUUGCUAUUAUUAGUUAUCUUUGGUUCUACAGGAACAAUAAGUUAGGUCUUGCUUUCACACACAAAAUGCUGGAGUAACUCAGCAGGUCAGGUAGCAUCUAUGGAAAAGAGUAAGCAGUCGAUAUUUCAGUCCUGAUGAAGGGUCUUGGCACAAAACAUCGACUACUUUUUUCCAUUGAUGUUGCCUGGCCUGCUGAGUUCCUCCAUCAUCUUAUGCGUGUUGUUUGGAUUUCCAGCAUCUGAAUAUUUUUCUGUCUUGGGCCUUGCUUUGUUGGUAUCUCACCAGAUCCAAGGCUUCCUGUUGGAUUUCCCAUAUUUGGCAUGGCUUUGGUCUUGCUAACAUUGUGAAGUUUUGUUUCCAACUAUUGGAAUGAAGUUACUGCUAAAGAAAAUUCCAUUUCUAAUCCUCAUAAGAUGUAAUGAAGAAUUUGCCAGCAACACCAAAAUGUUUUGCUUAUUUGGAGCCAUAACUUAUUCUUGCGCGUAGGUCUCCCAAUUUAUAAAUUAUUUUCACAAUUUCCUUCAUAUUUAAACUACUUUUAGAUUAAUGCCAAUAGGACAUCAAUAGCAUCCAAGAUUUCAGCCUGAUUGGCUCAUAGGAUAACAGGACAUUUUGUUUCCAAGUAUUACUUCCAUUUUCAUUAGUGAACCUGCAAUGGUUCAGUCUAUUCUGAAUGUAUUGAGAUGUCUAUCGUUCGGAAGUAAUAUGUUUUUUUUUUGCUAUGUUUUCAACAUUUCUUUGAUCCAUGCAAAGGUCUUCACUGACUAUGUAUUACAAACCUCUAUGAAGAAACCAGUUUGAUCGUAUUUUAAUCAUUCUUUGAUUACAUUUUGUCCACUCUGGAACAAAGACUUCCCCACCUUUAUUAUUUUUGUGGGAAGUUACACAUCAAUUGUUUGGAAAUUACAGUUGUAAACUGUUCAGUCUACAUUCAAGAAAUGUGCUAAAACUGCAACAUAGUUGUCACCUAUGAUGUCCUCAAAGCUGGGCUCUGACUGAUAUUUUUAUUUUGGGACCCUAAGUUUGGUCUGCCUUAAGAGAUUUUGCAGACUUUCUUGUUCUUUCCUAUUGGCUGUUGCUUUUGAUAUAGAAUACUUGAGUUGCAACUCAUGUUAUCCUUCAUCUAGAAACUUUGGAAGGACUCUUCUUUCCAUUGAGAAACUUUGAAAGCUAUCUAGCCAAGCAAACCUUCAGCUUUUGUGUGUGUGUGUGUGAAGAUUACAACAAAGUAUUCCCUGUAUUUCUUGAACCUUCAGUUGGAAAAACGUUUUUUUAAAGGUUCAGCUAUUUGCUGAAAGAGGUCCCGCAAGUUGGAUUGACAUCCAAGACUGACCUGAUUCCAGGAUUUGUUGUGUGAGUGGAAAGACAUUGUGAUUUAAUUGCUGGGUUUAAAACCUCAGCAAGUUUAAGUCCAUUUUUGUCUGAAAUUGAAAGUAUGCCCAUCUUAAUACCCCUACAAUAUGGCCAAUUUAAUAUGCGGACAAGUACUGAUGGCAUUGUGGCUUUUAUUUCACAUGGGUUUCUCUUCAUGGGUAAAUUGAUGUUGCAGCUGAGCACCAAAGAAAAUGACGAUCUAUUUACAAAUAAAUAAAUAAACAAAAAUGUAUAACAUACCACUGUAAACAAGUAGAACACUCUGGGAGCACAUUUUCAUAAAUGUAUACACAUUCCUACAUUUUAGUUUGGAAAUGUUCUACUGCAACUUAAUGCUCCAAUAAGUCUGGAUUGCUUCUAUGCCCAAGCUAUUCACUGAUGACCUUGUUGGGCUCUCAAGUGUUUUGUGGGAAAAAAAGGUUCUGUUCAUUCAUAUAUAGAGUAGCUUCCAAUGAUCCUACUGAUAUCUUCAGCGUACUUAAAUGCUUGAUAAAUUUUUCCAGAACGUUGUGGAUUGUAGCUCUUGUAGCCAGCAAUAUUUGAUGAUUGGUUACAGAUUUAUUAGGUCACAGUUCUACAUUGUCUUAUGGGAAGCUAGAAAAUGUUCUUGGUCUACAUGCUUCCUGGACAUAAAAUUGAACAAAUUCUACCAGGUGUGCAAAGUUGGAUGUUCCAUUUCUUACAAGGAUGAGAAAAGUAAAGAUUGUUCACUUUUCUAUUAUAUCCUGUUGCGACUAGAGGUAAACAUCCUCUUCUUGGUAAAUCUCAUGCUGUAACACCAGCUUUCUUUUCCAUUCAAACCCCCAUCUAUAUAUAAGUUUUGUCCAAUCGAAAUUUCCAGGGUUUUUUCCAUUAUUCUGAAGCUGACUUUUUCAAAUUUGCAUUGUCCAUGCUUGCUGAGCUUUGGCCUUGACCUGUUUGAGAUUAUCUAUGUAAGGUAUACUCUUUAGCUGGUAUCACGGAUCAGUGAAGAUCCUUGAAUUACAACUAGCUGCAAGAAGCACCUACCCAUUAGACCAUGGCUACACCAGCUCAUCAUGUUCACUUAACAAGUUUAACCUCAGUAACAUUGCUGGUUAGAUAAAAAUAAUUUAGUGCCUGUUUCGUGAUUUUUUUUUCUCUGUUAGGCAUCUAUCAAGGCAGUGAAAUUAUAAAAUGCUGACUCAAAAUUGGAAAGUUCUUAUUGCAUUGUUUCUUUAUUCUGGUUUCAAAGUUGAUGGUUUUGCACAUUUUCUAACAUUACUGUUAACCAUUGAGUAAUUAUCUAAAAGGAAAUCUGGAAACCAAUUUAGAGAUAUGUCCUUCCUUGGCAGUUCUUUGGAUUGAACAUGUCUCUUGUUUCUAUUGUGGUUUUUGUGAGUUCUGAAUCCAGAACUGUGUACAGUCUCUUCCUGCAACAUCUCCCACUUUUUUUUUUGAAUUUGCUCAUAAUCUUCAUGUGUUGCCUGAAAUAUUCCACACUAUUAUUGGCAUGAAUGUUGACUAUAUUGUCUCUUAGAGUGGCUGUUCACAGCAAAUUGUUACAGUUUCUGCCAAUUCAUCCAACACAACAUGAUUUAUGGAGCGAUGCUCCAGUUACCUUUUGGGGAUGAUCACUGAAGACAGGAUUGAUACUGAGAUAACUAUAUGGCAGGCACCAUUGUCAGAGGCAAAUUUAAAAUUAAAUGGACCUGUGUGAAAGUCUAUUUAGAAAUUAAGUGAAACUUAAGUUCAUUUGGCUGAUAAGCUUACAUUUAUUUUAAAAGAUGAUUGCAUUGAAACCUUUAUUUGUAAAGUUUAUUUGAGCAUAUUUCUUAUAGAACCCCAAUGAAUUGGGAUAAAAUUUCGCUACAUUUUAUGCCACUUUCAUUUGUUCUUAAUUAUGGCUUUACCUGAUUAUCAUAGUUACUCAAAAACCUUUCCAACGUGUGUGGUCUUAUUUCACAUUAUAGAAAGAUAAGCUGUUUGGCUCUAACUUGCAUCAAAGGAAGGGCCAAGAAAGCGGGAGAUCAAAGCAUUUUAAGUAAAUUUGCAAUAUUUGUUGCUACUUUGUUUUCAUUUACACUUCUAUGGUUUCCCAAUGGCAUGAACAUUUUCUAGCCCAAAAUAUUGGAGCAUUUCUGUCUCCAAACUACAUUGAUCUCAGUGCUCUUAUUACCUAAUUAUUUUUAUCAUUUAAAAAAUCUCAAGCUUCAAUUAUGAGCCUUUAUCUUUGAGUUAGAACUAUAAAAUGAUAUAGCAUUCAAUUUUCAUAGCUAUUUUAAAUUCUUAAAGUGCCUUUUAGUGCAGUUGGCACAAUUUGAUUCUUGUGUAUGGCCAACAUACCUGGUUUAUUGAAUGGAAUAUUGUUGCUAUCACGGAAGUUCUUUAGACCAUGUGUAGUAAUUUGCAGAUGUUGGAGCACCUUUUCAUGGGUUAUAUUCUCAUGCUCAGGAGGGGAGCUGGUCACACUUUAAAUAGUUUUGCUUCUCAGACAGGUCACUGAAACGCCCUUGUGUUUCCUGAGAACAAUAAUAUCAGCAGUAUGGUGUGAUGAUGGUAGUUGACUUUCACAUUGCACUGUGUUGAUCUUUAAAGACCUACUGAACCCAAGAAACAUUGUCUUCACUUACUGCAAGUUAUACUUGAGAAGAUGAGUAUUAAUACAUACAAAUUAGUGAAUACUACAUCCAAUAUUUAUAAAUGUACAAGCAAUUAAUUUAUUUAGAAGCUUCAGAACACCCAUUGGAGGGUGAUUUGUUGGUUUAAAUAAUUUGUAGUUUGUUACUCUGUAUUUUGGUCUGUGGUAUGAAAACUGAUAUUAGAUUUAUAUACAUCUCAGUAACUUGUUGCAAAGACUAUUUUUCCCAUUCUGUUCACUAUACAAUUCUUAGAAAUCUGGGAAAUGCAGAUUGCUCUCUGCUGCCAUAUGGUGGUGAAGAGAAAUAGCUUUUGACCAGCAGAAGUACCGAAGGAAACUGGAAGAUUUUAUAAUUUAUUUGUAUUGGUUUACAAUUAUUGAAAAAUUAAAUGAAAAUAGAUUUGAUUUUGAAUCUUAGCAGUAAAAUUGAGAGGAUUAAUUGAGAAUUUUGUCUCAAUUUCUUUUUGAUAAAUGGUCCAUGUACUACAUACUUCUUGUGGAAAACAAGCACUUUGGACUAUAUUGUUACCUACACAUCCUCCAGAGAAUAUCCUUCAAUAGGAAAGGUGCUACUAAAUUACCUUUAACCAACAGUGCAAACUUGAAACAAUUUGGAAAGGCCCAUUUAAAAUGUGAGCUGCUUGAUAAUUCAAGAAAAUAAUUUCACAGGUUGAAGAUUAACUAGAAAGGUGCUCUAAUGCUUUGCAUAGGAAGACUUUAUUCUGUCCCACAUAAACAUCCCUACCCCACUAAAUUCUUUCUUAAUGUGUACUUUUUAAGUUGUGUUUGACUUCUGGCACACUUUAUCACUCCCUCCUGCAUUUUCCUGCACAAAGCACGGAUGGGCAGAUUGCCCUUAGGUCUGGACCACAGUGAGCACGGGUAACCCAGAGAGGAGCUGAGUUAAUUCCUGCAUCCACGACAACUAAAGUUGUUUAGCCUCUGGUGGCACUGAGAUCUCAGAUUGAGAUUUCCCAAAAAAGACUGUACACCAGAGGUAUAGUUUUCAUUAAGAAUUCCCUGCUUCCUAAGGAAAGCUGACUUUUAAUUCUACCAAAUUAUUUCACCUGAUCUGUGGAAUGAUUAUGUUCUAAGAACAUAAGCCUUUGGUAGCAAUACACUAACAUUUAAAAUCUAUUUGUCCUAUUCCAGUAACUUCCGAAAAUGCUGUUUUAUUGUCUGGAUGCUCUGUAUGUUAGCUUGUCAUGCAACAUCCAGGAAUAUUGACAGUACUGCAUAGCCCACGAGCUAAGCUAAAGAUACCCUCUCCUGGAACAUUAUGUAUAGCAUUCAUCACUGGGAAUUACCAUUAUGGGAAGGGUUCAGUGGAUCCUGCAGGUAGCUAAAUUCCCCUAGUGGGUUCGUUAUUACACAUAUUUUUCAUGCAAUUUUGUAAUCAAUUAAGCAAUGAUUCUAUUACAAUGUGCAGCCAUAGGAACACUUGAUAGAUAACCUCUUUGCAGUUAAAAAGAAAGAAACAGUUUGAAAUUCUUGGUUCUGAGCUUGGUGGCCUCUAAACCAGCAUCGGACAAAUUAUGUGGCUCUGAUGUGUUGUUAACCCAUAACUUUGGCCAAUAAAGGAUGAGGAGAGGAUUAGAAGGUAGCAGGGAAGUACUGAUUGGGCAAUCAACUAUUGUGUUUCUAUGUAUUUGUAAAUGCACAAUGUGAACAAUGGAACACUGGUUAUUUAAAAGUUGUAAUUUAAUUUUGGGCUUUCAACAAUUCAACAAACUAAAUGAAAUUUUUUGGUCAUCUUUCAAAUGCUUGUGAGGUAAGCAAUUCCCAUGUCUUAUCCCUGUUUUCCAGAGGAUAUUAGGAACCAUCCACAGAAUCGGAAUCAGGUUAAUAUCACUGGCAUAAGUCAUGAAAUUUCUUCACAACCAAGGACAGUUCCAAUGAACUCCAAUACCUUACAUGUUCCCUCUCCUGGGACCAAUUAAAUUAGUUAAAUUAACAUUUGAAUGGUGAGAUUUUAAGUGAAACCGACAUUUCCUAUUCUUUAUCUCAAUUAUAGAAUUCCUGAGCCUGAGAUUAAAAUACCACUUUUUAAUGCUGCUAUUGGUUUAUUGGUUGCAAUCACAGAGAUGGGGUAAAAUACUGACAUUUAUACCGGCUGCUAAACUGUUCUAUGUCAAUAUUGAGAAUGAUGGUCACAAAAGUAAGAUGUAACUGAUUUUUGUACUUCCAGAGCAAAUUAUGAUGUACAUUCAGAAUUUGUAACAAUUUUAAUUAAAGUUCUGUUACUAGUUGGAAUUUGGUGGGGAAAGUACCAACAUCUGAUUAUUCAUUUGUGGAUAAGCUACCUUGAAAGGACUUGGACUUUUCUUGGCGUGUGUCUUGUGUUGCAGUCACUACUGCAUUGCUUAAACCAUUACAAAAAUUUCUCAAAGAAGAUAUUGGGAAGUAGUUGUACAAACUGUGAGAGCAUCAGUAUUAAUGUUGGGUCAAAGUAGCUCAGCUCAUAUUAAAAUAAAAUUUAUUUUUAUAUUUAAAUGAA